CUCAUAGUUUUUAACAGUCCUUCACCCUUUACAUGAAACACUAUAUUCAAGGGGAACAAAACCACAUUUUACAGUGCCCAAAGAGUUAAUGACCAAAGCUUAUAUUCUGGCGGCUUAUAUUCAAGAUCAUCACACUGCGUCAACCACAAAGGACAGCAGAUCCUAUAGGGUGGCCAAGUUGUAAGAUUGCUGUGAUGGCUUUGGUCUUCAGAACGGCCGUGCAAUCCAUGGGGCUCUUGUUAUCGUUGCUGGGAUGGGCUCUAGCCAUUAUUACAACUUAUCUGCCACACUGGAAGAACCUCAACCUGGACUUGAACGAGAUGGAAAAUUGGACCAUGGGACUCUGGAAAACCUGCGUCAUCCAGGAGGAAGUGGGGAGGCAGUGCAAGGACUUUGACUCCUUCCUGGCCUUGCCAUCUGAACUGCGGAUCUCCAGGAUCUUGAUGUUUCUGUCGAAUGGGCUGGGGCUGCUGGGGCUGCUGGUCUCGGGCUUUGGCCUGGACUGCUUGAGACUUGGAGAGACACAGCAGGGGCUCAAGAAGCAGCUGCUGAUCCUGGGAGGAGUCCUGCUGUGGACCUCGGGAGUCACGGUCCUGGCUCCAGUCUCCUGGGUGGCCCACAUGACGGUACAGGAGUUCUGGGACGAGACCAUCCCAGAGAUUGUGCCCAGGUGGGAGUUUGGGGAGGCGCUGUUCCUUGGCUGGUUUGCUGGGUUCUGCCUUGUGCUAGGAGGGUGUCUGCUUCACUGUGCAGCCUGCUCAAGGCCAGCUCCUCCAGCCUCGGGACGCUAUGCAGUGGCCCAACUGCAGGAUCACUGUCUGUACCUGGGAAAUGGAACUACAGAGCCCAAAGUGUAAGACACCGACAGAGAGCCAGAGCCAUGUCCUUCCUAAACUCUGAUAACAAAGGGGUCUUUGUUGUGAAAUUAAAUUGCAUUGUUCACAUUGCUUUUCAUUCAAUAACCACUUUUACUACAUUAGACUUUUGACGCUUA